AUGGCCACGCACAGAUCCCUCGUCUUGUAUGCUCGCGAUCAACCGCUGGUCCUUGAGACCAGCCCUCGUCCUACAGCCAAAGCGGGAGAAGCUGUCGUACGCAUUCUUGCCGCCGAUAUUGUCCCUUAUAUGGGGGAAGUGUUGGACGGAACCCUACCGUAUCCACUGUCCCUCCCCAUGACCCCAGGCAAUACUGCAAUUGGGAGAGUAUUCGAGGUUGGACCAGAUGCUGUUCAGCUCACGCCUGGCCAACUUGUGUUUUGCGAUAUCACCAUCCGAGGGCGGGAUAAUCCGUCUGUCACUAUUCUUUAUGGUAUCCAUGGAGGAGGAUAUCCCGCAGCCCAGAAGUUGAUGGAUGGCGAGUGGCGAAAUGCGACGUACGCGGAAUACGCACGUUUUCCACUCGAAAAUCUAUACCCGCUGAACGAAGAUAUUCUUUUCAACAAGAUGGGUUAUUCAAUUUCUGAUCUUUGCCUGAUGCCGGUGUGUCUGGUUCCCUUUGGAGGUUUGUCCGAGGUUGACAUCAAGCCGGGCGAAGUUGUUAUUGUUGCCCCUGCAACCGGACGAUUUGGAGGAGGUGCGGUUGCGGUUGCACUCGCCAUGGGAGCAACCGUCAUUGCGGCAGGAAGGAAUCAAAAUGCUCUUCAGGCCCUCGAGAGGAUCCAUGGCGUAACUGGUCGGUUACGCACAGUUGUCUUGACGAGCGAGACAACCCGCAACACCGAGCUCUUCCGGGAGGCAGCUGGUAGGCCUGACGGGGCAGACGCAUAUUUUGAUUUUUCACCUCCCGCGGUCCAGGGAAGCUCGCUGUUGGCUUCUGGCCUUGGAGCCCUACGGUCGUUCGGAAGGUGCAUUAUUAUGGGUGGAAUGAUGGGUAACAUCCAGGUGCCAUACGCGGAGGUGAUGUUCAAGAGCUUGCGUCUUCAAGGGAGAUUCAUGUAUUCCAGGCAACAUGUGUUGCAGUUUAUUCAGAUGGUGGAAUCAGGUCUUCUUCCACUGGGAGAAAAGGCUGGAAUAAACCAUACGGAGGAAUUCGGAUUGGAAUCUAUCCAUGAAGCGCUUCAAGCAGCAGGGAAGCUGACUGGAUGGGGCGCACAUGUCAUACUGAAGCCAUGA